AUGUGUUCUGUCGGCACAGAUUUUAUAAUGUAUCAGAUGAAGCACAAGGAAGAGGAAAACAAGGGUGGAAUCCACCUCCGUGACCGUCAUUGGCGUUACGAGGCAUGUUUUGUGUCCGCAAGCACACGCCCAGUGCUCAGUUGCCUGAGGGCAGCAGUGCAAUCUGGUACUAAUGAAUUUCAGAGGAAAGAGAUGGAGAAUUGCCUCUUCCCUCAGAAAUGCAUUACUGGUGGUUGGCUGAGCUCCAGUCCCACUUCCUGGGCACUUAACAUCAUCCUCGCCUUCCUGUGUGGACUGGGGCUCUUCUUCCUAUUACUAUCCUACUUCCAGACUAAUCCGUCCUUACCACCACGCAAGAAACACAGAAACAUCAGGAAGUAUCAAGCAAAACCAUGGAGAAGGAACAACAGAAGCAAGAAGAAAAACCAGACUCUGAAAGCUUGCAGAGAUUGCCUGCAAGAACUGGAAGAGGUUCAGGACCUGUUUUCCCUUCUGCAAAGCCACCUGGCGAGGGUCUCUGACCAGGGGCACUUUCAGCUCUUACAUCGAGCGGCCCCUGGGCAGGUGCGCAGAGGAGUGCCUGCUGGAGCCCAUCAGCCAUGCAGGGAGCCUAUGGAAGAUGCUCCCACCGUGGCCCCAUCACCUUCCCCCGCUCCUCUGACGGGACACCCUCUACCCCGGACCUCCUCAGUUUCUGUUCAUUCACACUCCUCCCUGAGUACUUCCUGGCCAUCGGAGCCUUUCCUUCCCCCAGAUGGCUUUUCACACCAGCCACUUGCUCUUCCCCCCUCCCCACCAUGGCUCCCUCCUUCAGAAGCCUGCCCUCCGCCUCUGACAGCCUCCUUGGCCCUGGAGCAGCCAGACUCCCCUCUGACUCUCCCUCAGUGUGACUCAAUGGCACCCCCACUGCACCCCAUCCCACAGAGCUCGUCUCCACACACCCCUUGGUUAGCUUCUUCUGUCCCAGCCAUCUCGGGCCUGGGCCGCUCAAGCUGUCCCAUUUCAGCCCUGUCCUGGUGGCAGGCGGCUCCCAAAACCUGGACCCUCUCCACCUCCACACGCUUGGAGUCCCAUCAAGAGCCUCUGGCCCACCGCCUACCAGAGGCCUUGUUCUGGGGAGACCCCACACACAGACAGGGAGAGACUGGAAUCCCCCCUUUCAUCAACCUUGACAUCCAGAAGCUUCUGGAGAUACUAAUCGCCAAGAGAACAGAUCUGAAGACCCAGAAGGAGAAGGAAGAGAAGGAAGAAUCAGACUGCCACCUGACCUCUUUUGGGAGAAUGUUCAAGUCGCCAGGUGACAAGCAGGACACCAUGGGUGACCAACACUUCUGGAGCUUGAGAGGCAAACCAAAACAGCCGCUCAGUCCUGAGAAGCCCCCACAUCCCAAGACUUCGGGGGACAAUUUACAGCAGAAAUGCAACCAGUUCUUCUGGGGUCUCCCCUUUCUGCACAGUGAGUCCCUGGUGGCCACUGUCGGCGUGGCUGAUUCCCCACUGGAGUUCCCAUCUGUCCAAUUCAAUGAACUCUCUCAUGCCUUGCCACUCCAAAUUCAGGACAACAUAGCUCCACAUCUUUCACUGACCCAGUCAUUAUCUGACACUUUGGCCCAGCCCCAACCCUUCACCCUGGACUUGUCCCAGUCCCAGCCCCUGCCUCUGGCUCAGCCCCAGCACUUGCCUCUGGAUCAGCCCCAGCACCUGCUUCUGCAUCAGUCCCAGCCCCAGCCCCUCCCUCAGGCUCAGCCCCAGCACCUGCCUCUGGAUCAGCCACAGCACCUGCUUCUGGAUCAGUCCCAGCCCCAGCCCCUCCCUCGGGCUCAGCCCCAGCGCCUGCCUCUGGAUCAGCCCCAGCCCCAGGCCCACUUUGCACCCUCUGUCCCAAUCGGACCAUCUUCUCUUCCACCUGAGAUGGGGACCUAUGAGGUUUCUUGCCCUGAAUCCCAGAAGACACCAUCUUUCACCUCAAAUGCAAUUCAAAACCUGGAAUGUCACUUUUUGAAGAAGCAACUAGAAAGGGGCAGGACCUUACCUGCUGUGGUGAAAAGAUCUCAGGAAGUCUUUAGCCAAGGUUCUCCCGACCUUCCACAGGAUGGCCAGGACCCCCAGGGCCAUGGGUCAGUCUCUGUCCUUCCCAGGGACUUGAUCAAUCCUGAGCUCCGGAAGCAACUGGAGUGGCACCUUUGGAAGAAGUUCAUGAAGCACCAAAGUGGCCUGUCCCGCAGGAUCCAGCUAUCUGUGAAGCUGUUACAGCCUCACAGAGAGUUCCAGAAGGUGCCACAGGCAAUCAGCCGGCACAGGCCCGUGUCUGAGUCUGACUCUACAGACGGAAGCUGCCAGGCUACACCGAGGACUGGGUCCAGGUACCCAGCAAAGACCAUGCCAAGAAAAAGCCUGGACAAGGAUUCAAGCUCUACUGCAGAGAGGAUCCAGAAAGAUCUACACAGGGGCUCGGCGAGCUCUCCAGGUAAGGCUCCAGGAAUAAAUUCUGAGGAGUCAGACACAGACUUGAAACCUUCAACAAGCAGUGCAGACAAGAAGCACCCAGAGAAGGUCCUAAGAGCCCAUUUGGGCAGGAAGUUGGGACAGAUCAGAGAAGGUCAGAUCCCUGCGGAUGUUCAUCGUUCCAGGCUCACUGCCCACCAUGCCUUGGACCUUCUCAGAAAGCCAAGCACUCACAGGAAAACUGGAAAGCCAGCAUUUUCCAAGGGUUGGGAACCCUACAGGACCACCUCCCACAAUUUUUCCAUCCUCAGUCCGUACACUCAACGGAUGCUGGAAGCACAUAUUAUAAGGUUUCGGGUGAAGCACAGGUGGAGCCUACCCCUCAAGGUCCUCAAGCCUAUAAAUCUCUUUAAGUUGAAAAAGAGCUUCUCCUUUCCCCGGUCCUCUACUACCCGCUUAGCCACCUGUGUAUCUAAGGCAUGCUCCAAAACCAAGUUCUUGGGAAAACCUCCUCGGCCCCAUCAAGGAGAGGAGGUGGUAAAAGAGUCUUAUCCCACCUUGGGGAGUCCUCUCCCUGCUCCCCAGCCUACAUGUGAGGAAAUCCAGCAGGCCCUGCAAGGGACCUCACCACGUGAUGGCCGUGGGCCCUUGGAGGCCCCUCUGGCUGGACAGGAGGCCAGGUCACCUUCUCAGACCCUCGCAUACAGCUUUGUGGGCAGAAUCUGGCACAGGGAACCUGCCUCAGGGACUCUUAUGAAUAGCAGCCUGGAGUCAAGUCCAAGUCCAGCAACGGCCACGAGUGAGCCAAGGGAGAGUGGGGGUCGGGCCUCACAAGACUCCUGCUAUAGCAUAAAAGUGCUAGCGCUCGACUUAGAGUCCCAGUAUUUGAGUGCCAAAGAGUCCAGGGAGCCGGGGGAGGUCGAGGAGGCCCCUGCUUGGGGAGUCACCUUGGAACCCAGUGUGUGGGCCAACAACCGAACCAUCCGUGCAGAUCUGAGAAGAUCAGGGUCUUCAGAGAAAAGUGACAGCCCCUCGCCACCUACAGAGUUGUUCGCCCAAGACCCAGAAGAGCUAUUCUUUGAUGCACAGUUCAGAGAGUUUGAGCUCCGGAAGUUGAUGAAGUCAGAGAAUCAGCCUCAAGACAAUGCCGCCAGCGUGCUCCUUCAAGACUGUGAAACUGGCGUCCUCCUUCAAGACUGUGCCACUGACAGCCUUCUUCAAGACUGUCAGUCCGAUGUAUUCCUCGCCGCAGACAUCUUGGCUUCUCAGGGGUCUCUGUCUGGCUUCCAGAGUGGGUCCAGGGAAGCACCUGGUCCAACUUCCCAGGUGCUGUAUGGCCUCAGAUCAAGCGGACAGAAAAUCCAGAGGCAGUCAGAGCCCCUGGGACUGCGGGACCAGUAUAAGAGCCGGAGCAAGUCAUCUGUGCCCACUGCUGAGAGAGAGUACUACAGGAGGCCCAGCCGGAGAGAGCCUGAAAAAGAGUUGUCAGGACUAAAGAUCCGCCACAUCAGGGAGAUGAGCCACACUGCCCAGCACAAGGACGCAGUGGAGUCCUCAGGAAGCAAGGCCUGUCAACUCUUGCUGAAAAAGGAGACGGUUCCUCCAGAAAGCUACUUCAGAAGAAGGAUGAGGCACUUCAUACAGUGUUUUUUUCCCAGUAAAGGCAAAAGAGUGGAAGAGUCCCUUCAAAAAGGCAAGUCUUCAUCAUCCCGGCGUCGGAGACCAGUCAUAGGCAGAUCAACUGUGGACAGUGCAACUACCAAGGCUCAGGUGCUCAUGACAGCUGUGGGACAGAUCCUACAGGAGAAAAUGGUGCCUCACCAUGGAGUUAGGGCCCCGGAGUUCAGCUGGUGCCAAAGGGAUCUCCAGGCUUCAGCAGGUCCCAAUGUCUGCUACCACAGAGUCCUCUCCUAUCAAGAGCAGAGGAGAGUGAUGAGAAAGACAGCUUCCAAUCAGCAAGGCACCCCCAAGGGCCACAGCUAUGCCAACAAGACCGAGUGGAUCAGAAGCAGGGACAAUAGGCAGGAGGCCGAGCGACAUGGCGUGCCCCUCCCUGGUGUGACGACCGAGGACUCGCGGGGUCCCACUGCCACCUCCAGGCCCAGUGGAGAGAAGUUAGGAGGCCCCGCUCCCGGCCCGACGGCCUCCUCCGGGGGCCCACACACAUCGCUCCUGUGGGCGGGAGCCCUGCUCCGGGAGGAGCCCCGACCCGACGGCAGCAGGCACGGCCCUGCCGCGGGCCCUCAGGACCCCACGCGCGCGGGGGCACCGGGCGGCGGGGCGCAGCGGGCGCAGGCCUGCUCCGCCGCAGCUUCUCUCUGGCGCCCCGUCCUGCCCCGAGGCGCCCAGGGUGGGCCCAGCGCGGAGCCCGCGCACAGGACCCAGGGGAGGAGGGAGCAGGGCAGGGGGCGCGCGGGGCCCUCAGGAGCUCGGGGCGGGCGGCCCAAGGCCGGGUCCCUGAGCCUGGCGGCUGCUAGGUCCUCCCAGGGGCAGCAGCAGGGGGGUCGGGAGGUGGGGAACCAGACGUGCACCCCACGCUCCUGCCGGGAGAGGAGCCACGGACAGGGUGCUGGUGGAACAGCCAGAAACAGGAAGGAGCAAGGCCCUCGGCCCCUCUCCUGCCAGACGGUGCAGAGACCCCGCCAGACCCGCGCGGAGACCCCCGACAGACCCACACAGAGACCCCCGACAGAGACCCCCGACAGACCCGCGCGGAGACCCCCGACAGACCCGCACGGAGACCUCUGA